AUAACGCACAUGCGCAGUACGCAUUUUGCGUUAUAGAAGAUGUCACUUGUUCGAAGACUCCUCUCAAGCGCCCCCAAAACUGCAACAUUUUACCUUCUCAAUUUAUCUUCAGCCAGAGGUCAUUCAGUGAGACGAUCUACUGCCACAUCUAACGUUACAGUGCGCUACAGCAGCGUGUCCUCUUCUAAAGAACAACUAAACACAUCCAGCACAGCUGGUGAUGGCAUUAAUCUCACUGAAUCCUGUGUCAAGAGGCUUACAGAAAUCAUGAGUAAAGGAGAGUAUCUGAGGAUAACAGUGGAGGGCGGUGGAUGUUCAGGUUUCCAGUAUAAAUUCUCAGUGGACACAGCCAUAAACAACGAUGAUAGACUGUUUGAAAAGAAUGGCACUGGAGUUAUAGUCGACGAGGAAAGUCUGGAGUUUUUGAAAGGAUCCACAAUUGACUUCAGUCAGGAGCUCAUUCGCUCUUCUUUUCUGGUGUCAAAGAACCCUAAAGCUGAUCACGGCUGCUCAUGUGGUUCAUCUUUUUCUGUCAAGGUCUAAACAUUUCUUUGUCACUACGAGAUUAUUAUUAAAUGUAAUAAAGUUGAGAAGCAUUUCAGUCAGAAGCAUUGUUCACAGUCGAUGAAGGAAAAGAUGAAUAAGUUAUGAAUUAUAUAAACGCACAGUGUUACACGAUGGAGCCCAAAGCUGUUUGUGUAUUGUACAUAGAAUGUAAAUAGACUAUUAAUAAACUUCAUGUGAUCUUG